UUUGCUAUAAAAGGCGGGCCGGGAGCGGCCGGCAGCCUCACUCGCUCGACGGCCAUGGCUCCGAGCACGCUGCUGGCGACCUCGCUGUGCACCGUCGUGCUGCCCGUUCUGCUCUUCCUGGUGGCGGUCAAGCUGUGGGAGGUGUACAUGAGCCGGGGCCGCGAUCCCAGCUGCGCCAGCCCGCUGCCCCCCGGCUCCAUGGGCUUGCCCUUCUUCGGGGAGACGCUGCAGCUCAUCCUGCAGAGAAGAAAGUUUCUGCGCAUGAAGCGGCAGAAGUACGGCUACAUCUACCGGACUCACCUCUUCGGGAAGCCCACGGUGCGCGUGACCGGCGGCGACAACGUCAGGCAGAUCCUCCUGGGGGAGCACAAGCUCGUGGCCGUCCGGUGGCCCGCGUCCGUGCGCACCAUCCUGGGCUCGGACACGCUGUCCAACGUGCACGGCGCGCAGCACAAAACCAAGAAGAAGGCCAUCAUGCGGGCGUUCUCCCGGGAGGCGUUGGAGCUCUACAUCCCGGUCAUCCAGGAGGAGGUCGGCGCCGCGGUGGGAGACUGGCUGGCGAGGGAUUCUCGCGUGCUGGUCUACCCGGAGAUGAAGCGCCUGAUGUUCCGCAUCGCCAUGAGGAUCCUCCUGGGCUUCCGGCCGGACCAGAUAAAGAGCGACGAGAGGCAGCUGGUGGAGGCGUUCGAGGAGAUGAUCAAAAAUCUCUUUUCUCUGCCCAUCGAUGUUCCUUUCAGUGGAUUGUACAGGGGUCUCAAAGCUCGGAACUUCAUCCAUUCCAAGAUCGAGGAGAACAUCAAGAAGAAGAUACAAGAGUCCCCGAAAGAGUCCAAACACGGAGAUGCUCUGCAGCAACUCAUUGACAGCUGCGGCAAGAACGGCGAGACAUUUAGCAUGCGGGCUAUCAAAGAGUCCGCGACAGAACUGCUCUUUGGGGGCCACGAAACCACCGCCAGCACAGCCACCUCUCUGGUUAUGUUCUUGGGCCUCAACCCUGAAGUGGUGGAAAAAAUGAGGCAGGAACUGAUGGACAAGGGGGAGCAAGGAAUGCAACUCCAGAAUUUGAACAUGGAGUCUUUGGAGCAGUUGAAAUACAUGGGUUGCGUGAUUAAAGAGACGCUGAGGAUUAACCCUCCUGUCCCCGGAGGCUUCCGAGUGGCGCUGAAGACUUUCGAACUCAAUGGAUAUCAAAUUCCCAAAGGUUGGAACGUCAUCUACAGUAUCUGCGACACCCACGACGUGGCGGACAUCUUCCCCAACAAAGAAGACUUCCAGCCAGAUCGCUUCAUGACGAAAGCUUCCGCAGACUCCUCGCGGUUCCAGUACAUUCCCUUCGGCGGGGGCUCGAGGAUGUGCGUCGGGAAGGAGUUCGCCAAGGUCCUGCUGAAGAUCUUUCUGGUGGAAGUGGUCACCAAGUGUCACUGUACGCUGGUGAACGGGCCGCCCAUGAUGAAAACGGGACCGACCGUUUAUCCCGUGGACAAUCUGCCGACCAAGUUCACCCACUAUGUUCAAAAUUAAACUCGCUUUCUCAAUCGGCGCAGGGUAAAACAUUCUCAAGAGUCACAAAUGAUCGUUUCUACCGAAAAAGAAACUAUUUGGGGUCACUCGGGUGUUCCGAGGAACCUCACCGGGAGUUGUAUUUUUAGGAAUUUAGUCGUCGCCGUGAUUGUUUGUUUUUAUUUUGUAUUUUUUUUCAAUGACCUGCACAUACUGUAAAUAUUUGGAAAGCAUUUUAUAUUAUGAUGUGGUGGAUUUGUAUAUAUAUAUAUAUAUUUUUUUUUUUUUGUUUUUUUGUUUUAAAGAUGAGAGCAAACUAAACAAGAGGCACUAUCACACAUUGGAACACUUUAAUCAGCUCAGUGGUGUAUCUUUAGGAUUGUGUACAUAUACUGUAUGUGGAGUUUGUAUCUUUAACGUCAACUUAUUUAAGUGAUGCUAUGUUGUAUUGGCUUUUUAUUUAAUAAAACCUUUUUUUGU